AUGCCAACUUUCGUCCAGGAAAACCACCGCAGCCGCCGUCUCACGCCGCCGCAGUGCCUCAGCCGGAGCCAGAAAAAGCUCCUCCUCUUCUUUCUGAAAUGCGUGAUAAUGGUGGCCGUAAUGUCCCUCUUCCUCUUCUUCCUCGGCUUCGCGGCCAUCGUCCUUCUCCAUUUCCUUUUCAUCUCCUCCGCCUUUCACCUCCGCUGCCGUCCCGUCGCAUCAGAGGCCUCCCCCCUUACCCAAACCCUAAUCCCCGGCGUGCCGUACAGCGCCGCGUCUUUUCCUGCAACGUCGGAUUGUUCGAUCUGCCUGGAUUCGUUUCGAGAUGGGGAUUUGUGCAGGAAUAUCCCGAUCUGCAAGCAUUUGUUUCACGCUAAAUGUGUGGAUAGGUGGAUUGGGAAGAAUCCGACUUGCCCCGUUUGUAGGAACCGGGUCGAUCUCGGGUGCCUGCUUUGGAAAUCAACAGUGGAUAUAAGUGGAAGAGGCUGUGGGGUGUCAAUUUCAAGGAGGGCACUUCCUAUUGAAGGUUUUUCUGUUGCUAUUUGA